UUCAGGAGGCUCUCUGAGAAGAGACAGCAAAGCUUCUUAGAUGGAUCGAAAGACCACGAGCUGGGAUACCAAGUUUUACGGAAAGUGGUAUGUGUGCAACAGAGAGAAAUUAUGCGAAUCACUCCAGGCUGUCUUUGUUCAGAGUUACCUUGAUCAAGGAACACAGAUCUUCUUAAACAACAGCAUUGAGAAAUCAGGCUGGCUAUUUAUCCAAUUAUAUCAUUCUUUUGUGUCAUCUGUUUUUAGCCUGUUUAUGUCUAGAACAUCUAUCAAUGGAGUGCUUGGUAUAAAUGAAUGGCAGAAUACAGGGUUCCAGUAUGAUGUCAUCAGCUGCCUGAACUUGCUGGACCGCUGUGAUCAGCCCCUGACUUUGUUAAAAGAUAUCAGAAGUGUCUUGGAGCCAACUAGAGGCAGGGUCAUCCUGGCCCUGGUCCUCCCCUUUCAUCCCUAUGUGGAAAACGUAGGUGGCAAGUGGGAGAAACCAUCAGAAAUUUUGGAAAUCAAGGGACAGAACUGGGAAGAACAAGUGAAUAGUCUGCCUGAAGUUUUCAGAAAAGCCGGUUUUGUUAUCGAAGCUUUCACCAGACUGCCAUACCUGUGUGAAGGCGACAUGUAUAAUGACUACUACGUUCUGGAUGACGCUGUCUUUGUUCUCAAACCAGUAUAAACACGUGGAGGUCGAAGUCUUCAGAGUCCACAUCCUCUGGGAUGUGCCCUUGGAAGAGGGUCUGUGUUCACAAUUAUGUGAAGGGAGGACCCUUGGGGACCGCCAUUCUAAAUAUCAUGUAGGAAUUUAAAAAGCCAAAAUACUAAUUAUUUCUUUGUAGUGUGUAAAGGAAUGUUUUUAAAAGACAAAAACCCAACUCUUUGUGAAUUUUUAUCAACUCUUUACUCAGAGCCACUCUCCAACGCAGGUCACACUCCAAUUAUGAUGGAAGAUAUUUUUUAUACUUAAUUACAGUAGGGACUCAUUCCCAGACAAAGCAAUAGUCACAACUUCAUGGAACCAAUCAAUGGAUUGUUUUUUGAAGACUGGCAAUAAAGCUGUCCAUCCAAUUCCAAAUACUGGUUUUAAGGUAUAGCCGCUGAUAUUCUUUCAUGUUUAGAAUUCUUUCUGUUAUUAUUCAAGAAAAUGUUUUUAAUCAUGCUAAUAAACUUUUUUGAAGAUGACUUUGGCAUCAUGUUUGAAUUAAUAUAAGGCUCCCCUAGCAUUUUUUAUUGGUUUGGCUUCAGGAGUACCCAAAUAGUAGCAUUAUGUGAAUGACGCAGAUAAUUUGAAUAGCGGGGAAGGAAGGCUUCAGACUGGGGGGAAGGGGAGAUGAUUGCAAAUUGCAGUGAACACUGAGGCAGUAAAAAAAACAAAAACAAAACAAAAACCCAGCCUCAUUCAGAUAUAGAACUUCAGGGACCACCUCCACUCCCCAGUUAAUGCUGCUGUGAAAAUGCAAAAUAACCUGGUUCUGACUUUUCAUUGCUCAUGUCCCACACACUGAACUUUUGUUUUUUUCUGGACAAUCUCAGGUUCUCAGAAUUGAAACAUUCAGUUUUGUCUACUGACAAAAUGCAACUAAAAAUGUUUUAAUUCAACUUCUUACUCUACACUUGUAUACCUCUCUCCCAGAGCUUGGCUCUUCCCUGAAAUCCUUAAAGGAGUUUAUUAUUUGCCAAGAAUAUGGUUUGAUGAAGACCGUGUCAGACUCAUGCAUUCUGGAAUCCGUGAGUGCCUCCAACCAUAAACCCAGAAACGCUGCAAUAAGGAACCCAUUAGCAAGAUCAAUAACCAUUGUGGAUAUUCCAAAGAGCAGACCACUUAACCCAGAAUCUGAAAUCUCAGUAAUAACAGAAAUGUCGAUAUGAGAUUGUGGUUAUUAACAAUAUGUUAUUCUCACAAGUUUAUUUCUUUUUUCAUCCAGGUGUUUCAUUAAGUAUUCUCAUUUAUAUGCUCAUAGAAGUCAUCAGAUCAACACAUUCACUCCAACACCCGGGUAUAAAGGCGAAUUAAAACCUGAAGAAUUACUUUAUUAUUCAUUAAGAACUGCAUUCCCACAUCCUCACACCAAUAUCUUCCACUGUUACUGUGCAGUCAUACUAAGAGUUGGGUUAUGUGAUUUAUGCAAAAUUGUUAUUGGUGUGUUCUAAUGCUUUUUUUCCAGGAAUUCAAAUAAGUGAAGUACAAAUACUUAGCACCAUAGACUGUAAAAAUAGAAAGAAGAAACGAGAAAACUUAAUGUCGUUCUUGUACAGCUGAGUUUUGCUUCUUUAUAAACUGUCUGUCAAAAUCAGGGGUUGCUGUUAGACUGUCAAGCAGAAGUGAUGGAUGUUCAAAGAGGCGGGUUGCCCCCGUGUUUUCUAACUUUCAAGGUGAGAAUUUUAUGUUCUAAUAAGAAAAAUACAACUCAUUCUUAACCACCCCCCAAAACAGAGAAAACACAUACCUUUAUGCAUUUUAAAGAUAAAAGUAGUUUCUCAAAAAAAAAUCAGUAGUUUCUCUGAAAACCAGCUUAUUAAAAGUGCUGUUUUAUGGUGAAAAUUGAAACCAAAUCCACUCACAUUUCGUAUCGGGUCUUGAAAUUCUUGGUGGUGUGUCACCAUUCCACUAGAUGGCAGUGUUGCUUACUGAGUGUCAAUGGCUUUUUUCCCCCUAAAUGGAAUCAUGUUUUUCUCCCCACAAAGUACAAUAAAGCUGCCUUGUCUGCACCA